ACGUAUUUAGCAACUCUAGAUGACGAACUAAACUGGAACUGCGAAGUGCUCUGUUUAAAGUCGCUUCCAGUCUAGUUACCCGAAUACGUCAUAUCGUUGCACUACGGAGACGAGGUUGUGUGUCGACUUUUCUUGUAGCCCGAAAACGUUUUAUGCAGAUUGUUGCCCGACACCAGUUUCUACUCUGAUCAAUUGUAUUCAAGAUGGACUAUCGUUUACCUUUCCUAGCAGCGAUUGCUCUUGCAGCUUGUUUUCUGUCUCAGUCAAGAGCUGGUCCGAAUGAAUGCGCAUACGAUUACUACACGACUGCAGCGAGUCGAAGCACAGGGAGUGCAAAGUACUAUUAUAAAUGUGGUUUUUGGAAACUCGGUCGAUGUACAAAAACGAGAUAUUAUUAUUAUACUUCCUAUUACUCUAACCGAGCAACUCGUCAAGAUUGUUGUAGCGGAUGGAAAAAGAAUUCGAGUGGACAGUGUAUAGUCCCAAUAUGUAAUCCAAGCUGUCAACAUGGUGGCACGUGCUAUCACCCGAAUACGUGCAGAUGCAGAGAUACCGACGAAUUUUAUGGAGAAAAAAAUUAUUGCAACCUCACAUGCCCGUAUAUUCCCAACUGUAAAAUGGAGAAGUGCACGAGUCCUCAUAAUGGCAAGUGUCGGGAAUGCCAUUCUAAUGCCAGUCCGACUUCCAUCGCAUACGAAAUGUCUCCCAACAAAGAGAAAUGUGUUUUUCGCUGUUCUUGGUUGAGUAAUUGGUGUUGGCCUGGCUAUUGUACAGGUAGCGGCUACUCUAGCGAUACGUGCACAUGCGCACCAGGCUUCUCUGGAAGUCCAAAAUGUUUGCAAGUUACAAGAACAUCUGAUGUAGUCGUCUUGAACGUUAGUCUAGAGGACACUGCACGUCGUCGGAUUGCCAACUACACGUAUUCACAGCAGAAAAUUGUGUACACAAAUGUGGUACCCAAAAAUGUGAUCGUUACACUGAAGGCAGAAUUUAGUGGUCCGACAAUAGGAUCAAGAAUAUUUACAGCUACUCGCUGGAAGACUGACUAUAGGAACUAUGCAAGACCUCCGUGGAUACGUUACUAUCGCCUCGGUAUUACAAGAACGAAUGCAACACUGACUUCGCGUCAAACAGGCGUAUAUCACGUGAUUUCGAGACGUAGUUUGCUGUGCCGGCACGUCGGUAGGAAUGUUGUUUUGUCAAAGAACGUACCUUCUUCUCCGGUGGACUGCACACUUACAGUCGAUCUCUCACGACGUACAUUUAGUCACAACGACAGACUGAAUGUUGAUAUUGACAUUGAGAACGGCGGAUAUCUCGUCAUUGCCAACAUGGACGUCUCUUCACAACCCACAGCAACGCAUUUCUACUCUGGAACUACUAAACGAGUUACUGCUUCUUUUGUAUUUGACCGUGUUGCUCCUGUUCAUUGCAGCGUAGACAACAGCAUCGACUGUCCUACUGGUAUCACGUCCUCCAGUAUGCUUUCGGUCAAUUCGUCGGUCACAAGGCAAAGUACAGUAACGAUCACGUGGGACGGAUGGUAUGAUACUGUGGGUGGAUCAGGAAUUAGUGCAUACACGUUGGAGAUUUACAAGAUGAAAAGCAAAGCGAAUUCUUUAUUCGAAAAAGCUUCUCCAUUAGAUCGGCAAAAAUUUGCUCCACAGGAAAAGAAUUACUCAUUGCAAUUGAGUCAGUCGUCUCUCAUCUCUAUUGUUCUCUACGUACACGACGUUGCAGGUAACUACAGAAUCGCAAGACGGUUUGUACUCUACGACGAGUCAUCGACGGUGAAGGUUGAUUCUAAUAAUUCAUUAUCUCUUCCACGUUCUGUAAAUACAGGUCACACUCUGUGGAAGACUGUAAACAAAGAUCAACUGUUUUGUAACUGGACUGGACACUUCUAUAACUCACUCUUAAAGAGAGAUCCUUUGCUCAAACGAAUUUCUCCUUUCAGAACAAACAUUGACAAAAACUACGAUCAACCGGCAACAGGAACUUUGGAUUUAAGCGGCACGAUCAACUAUGCCGGUAUAGUCAAUUACAAGUAUGCCAUUUCAUACGGGCUUAAUCCUCAAGUACCCGGAGACUCCACAUUUCGCAAUGUACCGACACGAGCCACCGGUUUAGACUUGUGGCAACACUACAUCAUCUCUACCAGCACAAACGACGGAAAUCAUAUCACAGUGUGGGUAAAGGCAGUCGACAUUUGGGGAAACAGUGAGACUGACAAUAUCGUGAUUAACGUUGAUUUUUCAGUACCGUCUAUCUCUGAUCUGGGGUUGACACGCGAUGGACAAACGGGAUUGACUUUACACGGUUCUACAAAACUGCAUACAAUAAAAGUCGCUUUUAAUGCGGAAGAUCCUCAAAGCGGAAUUCUAAGUGCUUUCUGGGCAUUGGGAGAGACCCGGGGAGGCAGCCAAAUGGGACAAGGUAGCAUAAUCACCAGAGCCAAAUCACAGUCUGAAUGUGAUCAAUCCAACUGUACUUGCACUCCACUACUCGUCUGCAGUUAUUUCUCAUACAAUCUAGAAUUACGUCCGGAACAAUCUGUGCGUGAAUCUGGCCAACACGCUCGUACUUACUAUCUCACUAUCAACGCCACAAACGACGCUCAAUUGUCUUCAUCACACCAACUUGCUAUUACUGUAGACGGCAGUCCUCCACUAGCAGGACAUGUGAUCGAUGGAAUAUCAGGACAGUUGGAUAUCGACAGUCAGCAGAGUAACAUCAUUCGUGCACAUUGGCAAGGGUUCAGUGAUCCAGACAAUGGAAUCCAUCAUUACAAAUACGCUAUUGAAACCACUUGCUUGUCGAAAGAACAAAUCACUUCAGGCAAAAUGAAAGUCUACAGAACAAGCAAUCAGUAUAUUGAUCCGAUUACUGUUAACACCAGUGGCACAUAUUACGUGUCCGUCGUAGCCUACAACAAUGCAUUAGAACCGUCAGAUGUUAUAUGCUCGGAUGGAGUGACGGUGGACGACACACCACCAACGAUACAACAGAUUUCAGUCGAUCAUCUUCGUAGCGCUCCUGGUCUCAUCAAACAGAACACGAGCAAAACAAUUUGGCUUUUGGAUGAAAACCGUCGACGUCAGUUGCUGCAAGGCGUCGAAACCGUUUGUGACCAGAAUGCACUUCUGGUGAGCGACGUCGACAUUUAUCCACUUGCUUCUGUUAACGUGUCCUCGGUAUCACCACAUCAAACACAGUGCCCUUAUGGACCAUCGUCACCGAAUCUAUUUACUCAGGUUAGUAGUUUUUUGUCCGUCUCUUGGAAAGGAUCGGACAAGGAGAGCGGCAUUCACGAUUACGAAGUGGGAAUAGGCAGGACUCAGUCUGAGGAUGCUCCUUCUGUCUUGCCUUUCCAUUCCACAACAGGAAUCUCAAGUUACAGUCAGAAAAUAGCAAGUCUGACGGAAGGUAUAGAAUACUUUCUUAUUGUCCAAGCUACAAACAAAGUCGGAUUGAAAACAAAGAAAGCAGUUGGCCCGAUUAUAGUCGAUAUCACAGCUCCUCGUGUAACGGAGAAGCUAGGCGUCUACGACAACACUCAAGAAGAAUCAUUUUCAGUCAGUUGGACAACAAUGACAUUUACAGACGCAGAAGAUGCUUCAUUACAAUACAAAGUUGGAGCAGGAAUUGAGCCAAACAGAGACAAUCUUGUUCCCUUCACCACAAUUGAUCACUUCAGCUCUUGCCAAAUGCAAGACACGUGUGUCAACAUACCUCUUAAUGCUUUACAAGAAACAGCGAGAAAGAAUAGAACAAUCUAUUUCAUAGUGCAAGCUACGAACUCCGCAGGACUGUCUGUCACAACUUCAUCCAGUGCUUAUAACAUCUACGUUCAUCACCCGUCCGCAAAUCAUUCAGACAUUGACCAAUGCACUCCGGACUCUUGUGCCUCAGAAUACGUGUGUGUGGAUCAAAUCGAUGGGUUCACUUGCACAAGCAAUAAAUCCGUCGAUUCAGGAAGCGCACUUUUAAGUGUCACUAACAUGGUUUGGAUGGGUGUGGGAGUAUUGGUAAUCGUUGUGACAGUACUCGUUGUGUGGCUCGUUUGGAAGAAGAAACAACAGAAAUCGCACAUCAAAAGAUCACAAAAUAGAAACAAUGAGCCACUCAAUCAUUACACAGUUGGUCAACACGGGACUGAAUCGUAUCAAAAUAUUGCUAUGACUACGUUUGAAAACGAACACGUUGAGCAAUCUGGUAACAAACAAAGAGAUUACGCAAACUCUCAACAGGGCGGCUACGAGACGCCAUCGAAGAUCAAAGGCGACACAAUAGGUGAAGACCCUCUGUAUGAGUCGCUAGACGAGAAGUCAGAGAUAUCUGGUAGUCCUCCCAACUCCGACGACAACAAUAUCGGCGGCGGCAUUCAUUUGGAAGAACCUGAUCAAUACGUGGCGAUGACGUCGACUUGAGUAACUCUACAUGAUACGGUUGCAUGUCGACAACCAUUUUGGGACGAGAUAGAACUAACAGUCUUGUUUUCGUUUCGUUGCUUACUGAUAGUCACUUAAAUGAGUGACAUUGUUUUUUAGUAGCUUUUAGUUCACAUUCAACGCUAAUGGUUGAGUAGACUGAAUAGUUUAGAGCACAGCAGACAAAGGACUUGAAGGUUCUAUUUACUAA